GGUGCGCGGCCGGGGCUGGAGCUGUAUAGCGGUGCGGAGGAAGCCGCCGCUGCUCCGCCGCCUACUCUCAUUCCUUCGGCAGUCGCCCCUGCCCGUGGAGGCAGCUCUCCCAGGCUCCCCCGGGGCGCUCGGCAUGAGGAGGAUCAGGGCCAAUGCCAUCGCCAUCCUGACCGUCGCCUGGAUCCUGGGCACUUUCUACUACUUAUGGCAGGACAACAAGCCCCGCUCGGCGGCGGCCGCCGACAGGUCCGGCAGCAGCGGCGGCAGUGCCCGGAGAGGGCAGAGGGCGGGCGGCAGGCUGGAGGUCCGGCGGGAGGAGAGGACCGUCCCCCUGAGCAUGACAAGGGCUCCCCAAGGAGAGAACAGCCGGAGGGGUUUUGAUGAGAAGGCUUACUUGUCCUCAAAGCUGCUGAAGGCUGGAGAAGACCCCUACCGCCAGCAUGCUUUUAACCAGCUAGAGAGCGACAAACUCAGCAGCGAUCGGCCCAUUCGGGACACGAGGCACUACAGGUGCACUUCUGUAUACUAUGACACAGACUUGCCAGCUACCAGCCUCAUCAUCACCUUUCACAAUGAGGCACGCUCUACCCUGCUCCGCACGGUGAAGAGCGUCCUGAACCGCACCCCUCCCAGCCUUAUCCAGGAGAUCAUUUUGGUGGAUGACUUCAGCUCAGAUCCUGAGGACUGCCAGCUCCUUACCAAGAUCCCAAAGGUCAAGUGUCUACGAAACACUCGGCGAGAAGGGCUGAUUCGCUCUCGGGUACGAGGAGCUGAAGUGGCUACUGCUGACAUCCUCACCUUCUUGGACAGUCACUGUGAAGUCAACAGCGAGUGGCUGCAGCCAAUGCUUCAGAGAGUAAAAGAGGAUUAUACCCGAGUGGUGAGUCCAAUCAUUGAUGUUAUCAGCCUGGAUAAUUUUGCCUACCUGGCAGCAUCAGCAGAUCUGAGGGGAGGGUUUGACUGGAGCCUUCACUUUAAGUGGGAGCAGAUUCCUAUAGAGCAGAAGAUGUCCAGAACAGACCCAACUCAGUCUAUAAGAACCCCCGUCAUAGCAGGAGGCAUAUUUGUGAUCAACAAGUCUUGGUUUAACCACCUGGGAAAAUAUGAUACUCAAAUGGACAUCUGGGGAGGAGAAAAUUUUGAGCUCUCUUUCCGAGUGUGGAUGUGCGGUGGCAGCUUGGAGAUCGUUCCCUGCAGUCGAGUGGGCCAUGUGUUCAGGAAGCGCCAUCCCUAUGACUUCCCCGAGGGCAACGCACUGACUUACAUCAAGAACACCAAGCGCACAGCAGAGGUGUGGAUGGAUGAAUACAAGCAGUACUACUAUGAGGCCCGGCCGUCUGCCAUUGGGAAGUCAUUUGGAAGUGUUGCAGACCGACUGGAGCAGCGACGGAAACUGAACUGCAAAUCCUUCCAAUGGUAUCUGGAGAACGUCUACCCUGAACUCAAGAUUCCUGAAAAGGAGUUGAUUCCAGGAAUAAUUAAACAAGGAGGAAACUGCCUUGAGUCUUGGGCACAGGAUACCACAGGGAAUACAUUGACUGGCAUGGGAAACUGUAAAGGGACAGUGAACAAUCCACCUGUCACUCAGGAAUGGGUAUUCAGUGACCCUUUAAUUCGACAGCAGGACAAGUGUCUUUCCGUUAUGUCCUUCUCUACUGGCUCUCAAAUCACGCUGAAAGCCUGCAAUCAAAAAGAUGGCAGACAGAAAUGGAAGAUGAAAGGCAGUUUCAUUCAACAUUUUGUCAGCGGUCUCUGCCUGGAAAACCAGACUGGGAGAGUGGUGACCAACUCUUGCCAAGCAGGUGUACCUGGCCAACAGUGGGAGGUGUUACAAGCAACAUGAUGGUGGCACAGAGAUCUCUUUGUUUCUUUGUGCAUGAAACUUUGGGAGCAGAGGCUCGGGAAAGGAGGAGUUCUUUUGUAUGUCUAACCCUAAAUGUUUUCAUUGUGCCCAUCAGCAAGCCACCAUUUCAGCUGAGCACUUGGUGUUUCUGAGCUUUCCAGAGAAGCAGCUGGGGGUGAGAGAGGGAUGAGGAGAGCUGUUGAAAUCUUCCCAUCUGUUUUCUUACAUUCUACUUUGUAGCUGAUGUUUGUGCACAGCUGCACCCAGAGAAAGAGGAGGACCCAGCCCAGUGCUUGGAGUGACCCGAACUGCUCUGCAGCUCUCCCCAUCCAUUUCUCCUCUGCAUCCAGAGUCUACAACUUUCAGUCUUGCCAGCUUAGCCAGUGCUUAUACAGACAAUGAUAGCUCUUCGGCUUCCCUGGCUUUUCUCUCUAACACCAUGCAUCAUUUAGGCAUGUGUGUCUCCCAGUGAGGACUGGCCAGAGGAAGAGUCUUCAGGUUGAGUGAAGGGGCUGGGAAGGAACUAAGCAGACUCUGGGAACAGGUUGAUAACCACUUUGUGGCAGGUCUGUUCCUUUCUCUGCCCUCCAGGCAAAUGGGCUGAAGUUGGCACAGUGAUGACCAGAGAGCUGGAAGGGGAAUGAUCUGUUUAAGCAGCGUAACUGGGGAUUGUUUUGGAGACUAUUCCCUGUUGGAUUCUUGCUUUCAGUUUUCAUGGGUGGAAAGCCAGCCCUGCCUCCGUGAGUGAUCCAAGGCUGCAGGCAGCCCAACCCCACCUGGGUUCAGGGUGCUCUUGCAGAGCUGGUCAGAGAUGGGUGCCACUGCUUUGGGAUGCCAGCAAGGUUGAGACCAUUCUCUGACUGCUAUCCUGGUGCUACCAGAUUCUGCCUGCUGCAACCCACACUGAAGGUGAUGCACAGAGCUGUGUGGCAGUGCACAGUGAUGGUGCCACUGGACUUGGCUCAAGUCUGUGGAAGGAGCCCACCCACUUCACUGCUGUUAGAGGCAGAAGGGGACAGCCCUGAGAUCAUUAGAGGCUUCCUGCUGCUGGCUGGGCAGGAGCACAGCCCCCUUGCUGACUCUGGCUCUGCAUGGCCCUUGUGAACACAGCACAGCAUGACAAGCCACUAAUUCCUUUGCCUACUUGCUUC